UGGAGCUGAUGGAGGCGCGAUGGCUCCGUUUCCCGAUGAGGUGGAUGUUUUUACAGGGCCGCACUGGCGCAUGAAGCAGCUGGUGGGGCUCUACAGCGAAAAGCUGUCGAACACCAACUUCUCCAACGACAGAGAUUUCCGCUCGUUUCUGCAGUCGCUGCUCGCGACAUUCAAGGAGUUCAAGAUGCACGAGCAGAUCGAGAACGAAUGCAUCAUCGCACUGCUGCAGCAGCGCAGUCACACGGUGUACCACGUGCACGCCGACAACAAGCUCUCCGAGAUGCUGUCGCUCUUCGAGAAGGGGCUCCGCAGUGUUAAGAGCGAGUAUGAGCAGCUGAAUUAUGCGCAACAGCUGAAGGAGCGUUUAGAGGCGUUCACUCAGGAUUUCCUUCCUCACAUGAAGGAGGAAGAGGAGGUUUAUCAGCCGAUGUUGAUGGAGUAUUUCACGUACGAGGAGCUGAAGGACAUUAAGAGGCAGGUAAUACAGCAGCACUGCUGCAAUCGGUCCUGGAGCUCCGCAGCUGAUGUGCUGAAGGGAUUGAACCUGUGGAGUCAAGCUGAGGAGCUGCACAAGGCCUUCAAAUACUCCGACCACGAGAAGACUGAAGACGCAGAGCAGGACGGCGACCGGGUGUCCAUCUCCGCGCUGCCUCAGGAGGUACUGUUGAGGGUUUUUCGGUAUCUGAGUCCAGUGGAUCUGUGUCGAUGUGGGCAGGUGUGCAGUAUCUGGGCGCAGGUGGCCAAGACGGGCUCGCUUUGGAGACAUCUGUAUCCUGUACGCUGGGCCAGACGUGACUAUUACUGUGGUCCUCCGGGUGAGCUGGACCAGGAGCCGGAUGACGAAUGGGUGAAGAGUAUCCAGAACGAAGGACGAGCCUAUCUGGAGUGGGACGAGGAUGCAGACGUGGACGAAUCGGAGGAAGCAUCAGAGGAUUCUCCAGCCAUCAGUGCGGUCCAAAGAGAGAAGAAACUGCUCGAUGGAAUAAUCCAGAACCUUCUACCCACCGUUGGCCCGUCUGUGCGCUCGCUUAGCCUGGCAUACAGCUCGGCCGUCUCCAGUAAGAUGGUGCGACAGAUCCUCAGUUUCUGCCCGAAUCUGACUCACCUGGACCUCACGCAGACUGACAUCUCUGACUCCGCCUUUGACUGUUGGGCGGAGUUUGGGAUGUGUCGUUCUCUUGAGCACCUCGAUCUGUCGGGCUGUGACAAAACCACCGACCGCACGCUGAAGCUACUGUCCCUCGGUUUGGGCAAUUUAAUGGAAUCCACAUACGUUAAGAACAGCUUCGAUCGCAGAGCCAGGCUGCUGAAAUCCCCGCCCUCUCCAAUCAAACUACAGAAUGUGGAUUCCCUUCCACCAAUGGGACGCAGCUGCCAGGAUCUUAUUUUCAAGCGAAGGCCAGGUGGGCGUGGCUCAGGCUGUGGUCCCGCCCACGUGUGGGUUCUCGAUCCCAUUGAACUCGCCGACAUCGAAGAUGCAGCCGAUUGGAGCAAGCGAGGGGGAGUGUCUGCUCAGGAAAGUGGGAGGGGUGUUUUUUUAGAGCUGCAGGAAGGGGGCAGAUCUUGCUGCUGUAGGAGAAGCCGGAGGCUGGGCUUAAAGACUGGUAUUAGCUCCGCCCACUGGCAGUACGGCUCAAUAGGAGAUGCACGCUGUGGUCACUCCACCUGCUGUACGUCGGAUAAGGCCCUCUGGACUGUAAGAGAGGCGCACCUCCAGGCCACUGGGGGCAGCAUUGAUUUUCGGACUAAAUGCUCAUUUGAGGGCAACUCUUGCCCUGAGCAUCACAACGGGACUGACCAAUCAGGAGCCUGUCGGGCACUUAGGUUCCUCAGCCUGUCGGGAUGCUAUCAGGUCACAGAUCUCGGCCUGAGGUGUCUGUCUCGGCGUGGAGGGCUCCCCCUACUGGAACAUCUGAAUCUGUCAGGCUGUCUGCUCAUCACAGGGGCGGGGCUUAAGGAGCUUGUGUCUGUUUGCCCCGCCCUCAACAUCGAGCACUUUUACUACUGCGAUAACAUUAAUGGUCCUCAUGCUGACACGGCCAGUGGAUGUCAGAACCUACAGUGUGGCUUCAGAGUGUGCUGUCGAUCUGGAGAGUGAUGCUCUUUCCUCUUUAUUUAUCUCUAUUUACCCUCCGUUCUCUCUCUCUGUCUCUCAUAAUGUGCACUUUAAACGAGAGGUCUGCUCAGGACGCUCUCUGAUGCAACAUGGUUUCCAUAAAAUUGCAAACGCUUCAAAUAAAGCAAGAGAAAAUCAGCUUUGUAAACGCACCACCUCCAUUUCUGCCGGGUUUUAUUGUGAAGGAACAAUACUUGUGUGUGUAUAUUUGUAAAUAAUUCAGUUGCCUACAGGAUGUCUGUUCAGGUGAAGAGAGGUGCUCUUUAAGUUUCAGUGUGAAUCGAAGAACAUGUCUAGGACAUAUUUCACCCUAGAAUUAAAAAUAAAGAAAUAUUACAUUAUAUUGUGCUUAAAGAAAAUGAAGCCCGUUUUAAAAGGGUUCAACACAAGUUGGGGUCAGUCGACAGAAUUUGUGGCAUAAUGUUGAUCGCCACAAAAAUUGAUUUUCGACUCGUCCCUCCUUUAAAAAGGCAAAAAUGACACUUACAAUGAAGUCAAUGGGGUUUAAUCUGUUAACAUUAAAAUACUCCCUGUUUCAACAGUAUAGACGCAAGACAUAAACAAUAUGUGUGUUAACAUGAUUUUACUGUCAUUAAAUCACAAACUGACCACAUCUGUGGAAAGUGCAAUUUUACAACUUGACCUUAAACCCUAAAACAACCAUAAAAAUGGUGAUUUAAACAACUUUACAGCUCAAAUAAUGCACUAGUUUUACUGAAGAAUUAAUGUAAGUGCUUUUAUAAAAUGAUAAGCUUCACAUUUCUGCAUUUUAUACACCUUUUAAAAAAUUGGUCCCAUUGACUUCCAUUGUAAGUGUCUCACUGCUACGCAGAUUUGGGCUUUAUUUAAAGAAAUAAAGAGAUGAGUCUAAAUUAUUUAUUGUGAUGAUCAACAUUGCCACAAAUGCUGUCGAUUGAGCUUUUAUACUGAACCCUUUCAAGAGUUUUUGCAUUGUGAUGUCAUUUAAAUGUUUUUAAUUUUAUCCCCUUUUUAUCCCAAUCUGGAACGCCCAAUUUACACUACUUAGUAGGGCCUCGUGGUGGCACGGUUACUCGCCUCAAUCCGGGUGGUGGAGGACGAGUCUCAGUCGCCUCCGCGAGAUCUGAGACGGUCAAUCGGCGCAUCUGAUCACGUGACUCGUUGUGCACGACACCGCGGAGACUCACAGCAUGUGGAGGCUCAUGCUACUCUCCACGAUCCACACACAACUCACCACACGCCCCAUUGAGAGAACCACUAAUCACCACCACGAGGAGGUUACCCCAUGUGACUCUACCCUCCCUAGCAACCGGGACAAUUAGGUUGCUUAGGAGACCUGGCUGGAGUCACUCAAGAUUCAAACUCACGACUCGAGGGAUGAUAGUCAGCGUCAAUACUCGCUGAGAUACCCAGACUCCAUAUUGUGACGAUAUUUUGAUGACACUUUAGCACUUAAAUUUGCAUAAAAGUGUCAUUCGAAUGACUGUAAUGCACAACAGCAAUGAUGUAUUAUUUAGUACCGCUAUUAUUGUAAUGACAGUAUCAUUGCACAGCUGUAAUACACUACAAAAUGACUUUAUUAUAGUAAUGAGAUUCUAAUAAGAGUCGUUAGAAAAUAAUGUGAAUUACAAAUAAACACCCCUCAAAAUGUGUAAAACAUCCCAAUGCAUUACAGUAAUGAGAGUUGAUGGGGGGGUGGGGCUUAAUUGUCAUGAAAAUAAAGUCACAACGCAAAAACAAUCUUUUAUUGGUCUUAAAAAUAGGCAUCAUUUUCUUUGUGCAAAUUGUAAUAUCUUUUUCUUUGAUUUUGCUAUAAAAUAAGACCGGGACGUUCACCCUUUGAGUGCUUUAAGAUGUUAAGAAUCUCUUUUGUGGAGCGUUUUCUUUCUUUUCUUUCUCGAGUAUUUUCCCCAGGCAUGUUUCGAGGUGGGAGUGUUAUAUCUCCAUAUGCAUCUCACGUUCAAGCUCCAGCGUGACUGAAUUGUUGCUUUGGGUUUGAUGGUAAUAUCACCCGCUUUGCUUCCCCAUGAGGACUAGUACUUACUUAGGCUCAAGCUCAAGGCCAAUGAUUUGUCAAAUAAUGCAGGUGUUUUGGGGAACUAAUCUAUUCUAGAGGUUUUACCUGACACUGAAAUGACUGCAUAGUUGCCAGAUAAUUAGUUACAAUUUUCCCUGCUAGCUUGAAUGAACAAGAAGACGUCAGUGAUUAAAGGAAUAUUCCGGCUGAGCUCAAUCAUCAGCAUUUGUGCUGUAAAUGGGGGCCAGUCCGUAAACAUUAAAUACGGUUAGCCACAAGACAUGGACAACAUACCUGUUAACAGUUCAUCGGUGUUGCGUUGUCAUAGCAACGGAGUUGUCAACUUUACAUCGAUAAGGUUAGUAAGCCAUUUUCUCCCACUAAAUGUAUAAUGUUUACCUUUACAGAUUCAUUUCCAUUGUAAGUGCCUCAUUGUAAUCCAGCCUUUAAUGCAUUUUAUGUGGUGGUCAACAUUACGCCACAAUCUCGUGUUGAUCCCGGAAUAUUCCUUUAAACAUCUGGCAACCAGGUCGGAGUGCGAUUUUUGUUUUUGUUUGAAUUUUGGCACUGAAUUCAAGAAAAGCUCUGAUUGGUUCAAAAUAAGGGGUUGUUUGUGAUCCUCAGUUCCAGUCCUGGAUAUAUUUAACUCUUCUGAGUUUAUAGAUGCUGCAUGAUGUCUCUUUUGAGUCCUGUAGCUGACGAUUAAAAGCAUCUUACAAUAAAA